GAUAUCUGUAACUGAUAGUGGUUCGUAUAAUAUGAAAUAAGUAUAUGGAAAAUGGCAACUGCAAACACUACAAAUCGUGUUUAUCUUUUCCGUCUACAAAUGCUUAUCAUAGAUGGAGGACUUCUAGUAUUACGAAACAUUCUAGACCAGAAGCUCAACGUUCAGAACAUCUCUCUGGGCACAUGCCUGAGUCAAGAAAAUUCGACAAUUACACGUAUGAAAGGACAGAAAAUGAUAACUCAAGUCCAAUAUGAUCUACUGUAUCCUGCAGGUGGACAACUUCCAUCGACAGCAGACUUUGAUAUUACGCUUAUAAUAUGCCUUCUUAGGAAUCUGAAAUGUUGUGGUUUGAAUCGAAAAUUCAACUGGAAUGUUAUUCCGAAUGCAUCAGACUUAUCAAUGGAGGCUGAUAUCUACAGGCUUAAAUUGUACAGGAAUGAGAUCAGUCAUAUCUCGAAAACAACAGAAAUCCAGCUGAACGAUUUUCGUUUAAAGUGGACUGAGAUAGAACAGAUUCUUUUGAGGCUGAACACUUCGGUGAUAAAUCCGGUUCCAAACUUACAGCAGACAACUGAUGAUAUUAAGCAAAGUCCACUAGAUCCAGAAGCAGAGGAAAGGAUACAAAAAGAAGUGGAUCAGUGGAAAAAACUUGAAAAGGGUGUUGAGGUCGAUUUAAGACAAGUGCAGGUGGAGAUGAAGCAACAACACACUAGUAUGCAGAAGAUAACAGAAAAAGUGGAUGAAAUAAAGAAGCGCACGUCUGAACAUGCAGAACUUAUAAGGGGUACACAAAGCAAGGUAGCUAAACUUGAAAAACAAAAAACCAAGAACAAGAAAUUAACACAAAAACAGAAAGACCUGAAGGAAGAUUUGAUUGCUCUCUACAGGCAGCAGUAUCAUACCCUGCCUCUUUCGCCUUUGAUAGAAGAGCAAGACACUCCUCUGCUCAAGUUCUACGUCAUGCCGGACAUCAAUUCAGUGGAAUUCCAGAGGACGUUUGGAGGUGGAAAAGAAAUUAAGUCAAAGGUCACCUCACUUUGUGAUGUGUUCUACCAGAAAAGCAAAACAUGUCGUGAAAUUUACCUUACGGCAGAUGCUGGGCUUGGGAAAACUGCAUUUAGUAAGCGACUCGUUUUGACGUGGUGUCAAGCUCAAACGCGUAUCAAAAGUGGACAAGAAUUCUCUAAGGAAGAAGAAGAUAUUAAGGCAAUGUCAGAGUUUGACUUUGUGUUCUUGUUGUUAUUGCGCGAUUGUUCUGGGGAAUGCGACAUUGAUGAGAUGAUCGUUAAACAAAUAAUUCCACGACUGGCUCACACUUCUGUAACUAUAAGCGACAUAGAAACUAUUCUUUCUAAGGGUAAAGGUCUGAUAAUUCUUGACGGAUUAGAUGAGUGGAUACACCCUGACACCACAUGUAAGCUAAGACCACGUGACAUUCCACACAGGAAAGCUAGGGAAUGUACAAUCCUCACAACAACUAGACCGUGGAAGUUGAGUGUCAUCAGUUUAAGUUCAAGUCAUAUAGAUCAAAAGUUGGAACUUGUCGGACUCAACAAAGAGUCAGCCUAUGAAUUAAAGAAGAAUGUUAUUUCACUUUUGUGUGAGAAACCUGAAAUUGCAGAUGAAAAAAUUGAUAAAUUUAAUUCUGUUGUCGAAGAUAAAGGUAUUUCGGAUUUGGAAACUAUUCCACUUUUAUUGAUGUAUCUUCUGUGUUUAUGGUGUGAUGAAAUAGAUCUAGGAAGGUCUAAGUUUGAGAUAUACUGCCAAAUUGUUGAACUGCUGCUGAAACGAACCUUUAGAAAACAUCCACACUUGCAACAGGCGCGUGAAACACCCCAAAGUGAUAUCCCUCAAUGCUUCAGAGAACUUGUACAUUGCAAAAAUUAUUACACACUUUUGCAAGCUUUAGGACAAUUAGCAUUUGAAACAUUAUUCAGUGAAAAACAUGAAAGCACGCUGGCAUUUAGUCCAUUAGUUACUGAAAAGUAUCUCAACACAGAAGAUAUGAAAUUAUGCCUUGAAUCAGGAAUAUUAACACAAAGCAAACAAGAAAAAUUAACCAGUCGAAGUUCUAAAGUUUCCUUUUCCCAUAAAACAGUACAAGAAUAUUUCUGUGCACUGUUCAUUAGUUGUCAGAAUGAAAAGGAAAAAAUAGUCAAACAAAAAUUCAGCAGUGUUCAAAAUAUUCUUGAUAUGUCGAAAGUGUUUGUUUUCAUCAGCGGAAUAAAUGAAGAGAUCAUAUCUACAAUAUCACGCGAAUUAAUGUCUGUAAUCAGUGAAGAUGAAAUAACGAGAACAUACAGAUCUAUGACAGGUUACGAUUACAGGUACAUUAAUCCUCUGAAAGACAUACAAAACAUGUACAUUUCUUGUUUGAAAGAAAACACAGACAACACUUCUCUUUGUUUCCAGGAUUUUAUCAUCAGCUAUGACUAUCAAAAAGAAAAACAUUUCUUGGAUUUAAAAUGGCUGGUAAAACACAAUAAAAGUAAUAUGCAGUCAAUAUUAAUCAGAACAGGUGUUCAUAGUUUACGUGAACUUAUUGACCAGUGUGAAUUUGAUGACCUGCACAGCGUCAAGAAAAUUUACUACAAAGGGGAAUGUAAGGAAGCGGAAAUUAUUCGGUUGUUGACAAACAAGUCGUUGGAAUGUGUAUCUGUUGUAUCAGGUAAAUUCCAAGAUAAUGACUUUACACGCGAACAUAGUUCUUGUUCAAGUGAACUGUCUAAAACAUUUCAGAAUAUUUCUCAGUUACGAGCAAUUUAUAUAGAGUAUUUUAAGAUGGAGCACGAUGUGCUGAAAGAGUUUCUGAAUUAUAUUAUAAACAGAAAAUCAAUGACAGAGGUUAGAUUGUACAGCUUACACUGUGACACACACGGUACGGGUAUUUCCUGCGGAGAAAUGAAUUUGGACUUUACCCAGCAUUCAGAUCUAAAGAUGUUAGGAUUGAAUAAUACACCUGUGUCACAAUUAAAAGUGAAUGUAUCAUCGUUAGAGGAAUGUCAUGUAGGACAUUUAUCUAAACCCGGUCUGUUCACAUCAUUCCUGAGAGAGCUGCCAGCAGCCAGUAAACUACGCAAAUUUAGUUGUCCUGGUCUAAAGUCUUCCGAUGACAUUGAAACAUUGCUGCAGACAUUGCCAUUGUUAGUUCAAGUGAAAGAAGUUUGGUUGUGGGAAAUCAACCUAGGUGAAAGGUUACUGUCUCUGUCACCAGAAAUGGUAAAUAUAAAGUAUGUUUUCUUGCAGGACGUAACAAUGUCUGGUUCAUCAUUACAUAAUCUAGUUAAGGUAGUAGGGAAACUUCCACACUCAGUGGCAGUAGAUAUGCGAACUCGUAAGACAACACCGGAAACAGAAUUUGCAGACGUUAAAAAUUAUAUUAAAGCAUCGGAGAAUUUCGUUGUCAAGUUUGAUGGCAUAAAUUCGGAUGACAACCGGUACUGGUUUAAGUUUGAAACAACUGAGAAGCUGGUUCCAAGUCGAGUACAUAAAAGUUAACCAGUGAACGUGGACUGAAAGUGUAUAUAUUUCAUAAACAUUACUCAUUGAAUAUAUGUAACAUUAAACAUAACACAUUGACACAUGACACACAUGUAUGUACAGAGUUAAAAUAACUGCUCGUGAGUGAAAAUGACACAAAAAUCAAUUCUAAUUCACUGAUUUAGGAAAUAAAGGAGUUAAAACAUUUGGGCAUAGAUGAAGAGGAUGGACGUUCUCAUAUCUACAUUGAUUUAUUACACAAGUACCCGGCCUGUGUGCACUGGGUUGCAACUGUUUAUUGGUGUUUCGUAUGACAACUUGUUGUCCCAAUCUAAAAUCAACUAAUUAUGCUCUUGUAAAAGGCAGUUGUGUGGACAUUCGUCACAGGGGGAUUCGCCUCUGUUUAGCAGCGGUUGUGGGAUUCUGUC